AAGCCCAAACAUAAUGUAAAUAUCUUUUUCACAAAACCGCGAAAGCCUGUUAAAAGCUGACUGUUUAACGGAUAAUUAUCUGCUGCUGUGCCAUUUGUCUAUAGGCAUGGCAUUGAGUUUCUCCAUUAAUGCUACAAUUUUGCCUCAACGACUUCAAGGAAAAGUGAGAGACAGGGGAAAUAGAGGACUUGAAAUUGUCAAACACCUCGUGGAAAAGAUUGAGGUUCCUUCAAUUGUAUCUGCUCCUCAAGAAUCACUUCGAAAGGGCAACUGGGUUAAGCUUAUUUGUGGUGCCAGCUUUGAGGAUGCUGUUGAUAUUAGAAAUCUUUCUCUGGUUUACACUCUAGCUGGAGUUGAUUGCAUUGAUUGUGCUGCUGAUGAAUCAGUGGUGAGUGCUGUAAAUGAAGGAAUUGAAGCUGCAAGAGAGAUUGUGAACAUCAGAAGGCCUUGGGUAAUGAUUAGUGUUAAUGAUGAUGAAGAUCUUCACUUUCGCAAAGCAGAAUUUGAUCCAGAGGAUUGCCCAUUAGACUGUUUGAGGCCUUGUGAGAAUGUUUGUCCUGCGAAUGCAAUAUCAUUAGAGGAAGUAGGAUCAAGAGCAGAAUUUUCCUAUGGCACAGAUAUGUUAAAUGCAUUGAAGGGUGGAGUCAUAACUGAACGCUGUUAUGGCUGUGGCCGCUGCUUUCCUGUGUGCCCCUACGAUAAAAUAAAGGUGGUUACAUAUGUAAGAGAUGCUACUGCUACUGCUGAACUUCUCGAAAGAAAUGACGUUGAUGCCAUAGAGAUACAUACAAGUGGAAGGCAGAUGGCUCCCUUCAAGAAACUUUGGGAUGGUCUGGGAAACUCACUCAGAUUCCUGAAACUGGUGGCAGUCAGCUUACCUUAUUCCGGGGAUUCAACUGUCUCUUCAAUGAACACUAUGUACUCAGCCAUGGAACCCCAGCUGAACUGUCUCAAUUUAUGGCAGUUGGAUGGGCGCCCCAUGAGUGGAGAUAUUGGCCGAGGUGCGACAAGGGAAUCAAUUGCAUUUGCUGUUCGUUUGGCUGCUGCCAAAGACAAGCCUAAUGGUUUCUUUCAAUUGGCAGGCGGCACAAACGCUCACACAGUUGAUGGAUUAAAACGAGAGGGGCUUUUUCAAACGACAUUAGUUAGUGAUAACUCAGAAGAUAACAAAUCAAUGACCUCAUCACCUCAUUCACUGAUAGGUGGAAUAGCUUAUGGUGGAUAUGCACGCAAAAUUGUUGGAAGGGUCUUGAGAUCCAUGCAAUCUCAGCAUGAAUUUGCUUGUGUUGAGGAUCAUCCAGAGCAUCUCUUUGAGGCACUUAAAGAAGCUCUUGGAUUGGUUGGAACAGUCAAACGUUUUCCUGCAGGAUAGCUGAUGCAGCCCGAAUUUUCUGUUUUCUGCCUUUCUUAUUUUCCAAAAUGUCAAUCAAAGGCCAAUUAUGCAUCGCAAAUGGGACUCACAGUGAUUUGGUAUUUUCAUUAGAAAGUUCCUGGUCUGGAUACAGCUGGAUUGAAGGGAAAGUUACCUCUAUUUCCAUUCUAAGAUUAACAGACAUACGCCAUUGAGCUACUAGUUUAAUGGUAGACUUUUUCUGCAAUUGGCACCUUGUUCCCUUUGAUGCAUUCAAAAAAAAAAAAAUAGUUGCAAGAGUAGUUGUGCGAAUCACUGGAAAUAAUAUUUGACAUUAUAAGAUUAUUGCAGAUUCUCAA